GGCCUCGCCAGCUGAUUGGGCAACUGGGAGAGGGCGCCUGGCCGCGCCCCCUGGUCCUGGCCCGUCCCGUCUCCAAGGCCGGCGGCCCGUUGCUAAGGGAGGCCUAGCCGCCAGGCCGCCUCCUCCUGCUCGCCUCCUUUCCUCCUCCUGCUCGCCUCCUUUUCUCCCUCCGACAUGGAGGCGGAUGGCUGCAGGAGCAGCAGCAGCGACCGUGCCUGCCUCGUCGUGGUCGCGGUGCUGCUGGCGGCGACGUUGGCGGCUCCCGCCGGAGCGCGGCUGUACCAGGCCGGCGUGGACCCGGUGUGGGUGCUGGAGGCCGGGACGGUGCUGCGGGCGCUGCGGGACUCGCCCUCGGCCUGGCUGGUGCAGUUCUACUCCUCGGCCUGCGGGCACUGCGUCGCCUUCGCACCCACCUGGAGGGCCUUGGCCGGCGACGUCCACGGGUGGGAACCUGUCAUAAGAAUUGGAGUGCUGGAUUGUGGGGAUGAGGGGAACCACGAGACGUGUAAAGAGUACGGAAUUCAGUACUAUCCCACUUUCAGGUAUUUCAGAGCAUUUACAAAGGAGUUUACAACGGGAGAAAACCAGCAUGCAGGCUCUGAUCGGGAAGUUCAGACAGUCCGUCAGACCAUGAUUGAUUUCCUGCAGAACCAUUCCCAGGAGACAAAACCUCCUGCUUGUCCCCCUUUGGAGCCAAUUGUGCCAGAAGAAAUGUUCUCUCUUUUUGAUAAAAACGUUCAGCAUUAUACUGCCAUAAUCUUUGAAAGCGCAAACUCGUAUGUUGGGCAAGAGGUUAUCUUAGACUUGAGCCAGUAUGAAAACAUCACAGUAAAACGAAUGUUAAAUUCUGAUGCAGCUUUUCUUGAGAAGUUCAGUAUUACAUCAGUCCCUUCAUCUUACCUGAUCUAUCCAAACGGAUCUCAUGGAUUAAUUAAGAUUUUGAAGCCUCUUCGGUCUUUCUUUUCUUCCUAUUUAAAGUCACUCCCUGGUGUCAGAAGAAAACUGGCUGUACAGCUCCCAGUGCCCAUUGAGCAAAACCGAGAAGAAAACCUGGACUUCAAGGAAUGGAAACACUAUGAUAAAUCUAAGCUGUAUAUGGCUGACCUUGAGUCAGGAUUGCAUUACUUGCUCAGGGUAGAACUCGCCACUCACAAAACUCUGGAGGGAGCUAAGCUAAUGACCUUCAAGGAUGUUGUUAUACUCCUUGCCAAGCUAUUUCCUGGCCACCAGCCCGUUAUGAAGUUGUUGGAGACCUUGCAGGUGUGGCUGCUCAGCCUCCCAUUAGACAAAAUCCCUUACGAUGCCAUCCUUGACCUGCUCAACAACAAAAUGCGGAUUUCUGGACUGUUUCUCUCCAGCCGCAUCCGGUGGGUUGGUUGCCAGGGCAGCAGGCCAGAGCGGAGAGGGUACCCUUGUUCUUUCUGGGAGCUCUUCCACACACUGACGGUUCAAGCAGCAGUUCGGCCAAAGGCAUUGCUCAAUACAGGCUUUGAAGACAAUCCCCGUGCGGUCCUGCAGAUCAUGCAGAAGUAUGUCCAGGAGUUCUUUGGGUGCAGGGCAUGCGCACAGCACUUUGAAGAAAUGGCCAGAGAGUCUCUGGACUCAGUGAAGAGCUUGGAUGAGGCCGUGGUGUGGCUCUGGAAGAAGCACAAUGUGGUGAAUGCCAGGCUGGCAGGUGGCUUGAAUGAAGACCCCAAAUUCCCUAAAGCCCAGUGGCCAACUCCUGAUGUUUGUCCUGCGUGCCAUGAGGAAAUAAAAGGUCCGCCCGCCUGGAACGAGGCCCAAGUCCUCCAAUUCCUGAAGCGCCACUACGACAGCGGCAACUUCGUGUACAACUACACAGGGAAGGGCCGCAGUGGUCUUCAAGACGAGGGGAACAAAGGCGCAUCUGAGGAGGAGAGCCAGACAGGCGGGGGCAAGAGCCCAGACCCAGACGAAUGGCUGGAUUCAGAAUCUAGAAUCUUGGAAAGACGGACAGCGAAAGACAGCUCUGCCAAAGGCCGAAGGAAGCAGGCUGCUGAGGCCAGCGUGGGGGAGGAAGGGAAGCAGGCGGUGUCCUUCCUUGGGGUCGGGUUUUCUAACAUUGACAUGAGCCUAUGCAUUCUUCUUUAUGUAGCAUCAUCGUUAUUUUUAAUGAUCAUGUACUUUUUUUUCCGGAUGAGGUCCAAGCGCUGGAAAGUGAGAUAUUACCGCCCCUAUGUAUAAACCUUAAACUGGAAGCCCAAAUCUUUUUACAGUCUGUGCUCAGCCUGUAGCUUUAAUAUUUAUGAUCAGGGAUUUUUUCAAAAACACAGUAUUACUUGUUCUGAAAAACAAGUGCUGCCCUUUGUCACUUUUGUUCACUUACUGAUGUUCUGUGGGACAGAUUGGAUUCAAAACUUUGCCUGCAAAAGUCAAACACCACACACACACACGUUUACUUAAGAAACAUUAAAAUGUU